AGGUAAGCAUGAAGUUCAGCGUCAUUCUAAAGGUUGUGAAGCGUGACCUCUUCCUCUUCCACAUACCAUUUCCUCAACAUUCAGGAUUACAUUUAUUGUAACAGCGUGCUUAGAUAUCAAUUUUCAACUUGGCUUCUGUAAAUCAGGCAACAUGGCAGCGUCUUCUUCUAGUGAAGGUCGAGGUUCUCGCGAUGGAAGUCGAACCAUCAUCUGGUGUGUACCCCGCACUAUUUCUACGGCGCUUUCAAAGUGUCUCAGCUUUAUUGAAGACAUAGAAGUAUGGUUUGAACCUUUUUGCAACUGCAGAGCUACCCAAGUGCACGUUAAACAAAUGUAUGGAUUUGAACUACCGAACGAAUACGAAGGAAAUGAGGAGAUGUUCAAGGGUGUGGCCGAUAAAUUUAGAGAAUUUGGAUUGGGUACUAUCACCAAACCAGAAUAUCUAUCUUAUGCAUCCAUUGGCCACCUGCUGGAGGAAUCAACUGGCAGACACGUCUUGGUCAAGGAUAUGGCUCUCGCUGUUUCUCAUGAGCAGAAGAAGUUUAUCCCAAAAGGCUUCAAGCAUAUCUUCUUGAUACGUCAUCCUCUCCGUGUGUUCAACUCAACACGAAAAUCGAUUUUCAACCAACUAUCAGCUCUGGGUCUACUAACCGGGGAAGCUGCAGUCGAAGAAACAUUCGACUUUGACCAAGGCUACCCAUAUGCAAAUGGAUCAGGUUCGAUGAUGUUCAAAGACCUCUACGAUAUGUGGAAGUAUGUCCAAGAGGUGCUUGGUCAAGAAACAGUAAUCUUCGACAGCGAUGAAUUGCUGUCCAAUCCAUCUGUAAUGCUUCCGAAGAUCUGCCAUGCAGCAGGCCUGCCGUAUAACGAAUCUCUCCUGAAAUGGGAUUCGUCUACCAAAGUGACAAAAAGCUGGAUGGUCCACGCCGAUGGUUUCGUUGACAAGAUCGUACACUUCUACGAAACCGCUAUUAAGAGCAGCGAAUUUUUGCCUUCUAGCAAGAUGCCAUCACGUGACGAGGUUAAGCCUGACGUCAUUAAAUGUACUGAUCUGGCUAUGAAAUACUAUAAUGAAAUGUAUGAAGCGAGACUCGAGGUCUAGUUUCUGAUGAUGAUCAUAUGCAGCGGGUGCAAGGGCAUCCCUCUAAACAAAAUAUUGAAAAAAAAAUGAAAUGCAAAGUUGUUUUGAAGUUCACAAGGAGAGCGCACCAACGCUCAAAAUCUUAUAAAAAGCUAAAAUAUCCUGUCUAACAUGUAUAAUUAUAGUGCCCCCCCCCCUCCCUGAGAAAAAAACCCGGCUGUACAUAUACACGGCCACUAUACAGGGUGCGAAGUUCUCCAUUUCAUCUGUCAAUAUACUUAAUGACAUUCAUUAAAAUCCAUAUAUUUUCACCCAUCAAAUACGA